UCCUUAAUCUCUCUAUAUAAAGUUCUUCCAACACAAAGUUCUUCUCAUCAAACACAAUAAACACACACACCUAUACUUACAACCAACAACUGAAAACUAUGUUGAAUAACUUAGUCAAUUAUUUUGGGCUUCAAGUGUUUGACAUCUUAAUUCUUUUCUCUGUAGCAGCUUUUGCCUUAAUAUGGUUCCGAUGGACUGGAAAGAAGUUAUCAUCGGCACCGGUGGCUCGGCCCCUACCACCGGGGCCCCGUGGCUGGCCGCUCGUCGGAUACCUUCCUUAUUUGGGUGAGGACCUUCACAUAGACCUAGCAGCUUUGGUUGAUGUUUAUGGUCCAAUUUACAAGUUUUGGAUGGGAACAAAACUAUGUGUAGUGGUCAGUUCAAAGGAGCUAGUCUCCCAAGUGGCUAAAGAAAAAGACACAUUAUUUGCCAACCGUGAUAUGGGUGUUGCUUCCACAAUCAUCAGUCAAGGUGGACACGACAUUGCUUUCCAAGACUAUGGUCCAGAUUGGAAGAAGCUAAGAAAGAUCUUGGUUCGUGAGAUGCUAAGUAAUACAGUGAUGGAUGAUCUAAUAGGGCUGAGGAGAGAAGAGAUGAGAAAGUCAGUUGAAAACAUCAAAGAAAAGAUUGAUACCCCAAUUAAUAUCGGGCUCUUGACGUUUCAAGGGACAAUUCGUUGCAUUAUAAGUAUGACGAUUGGUAGUUCUUUGGAAGGAAAAGACUCUAUUGAUGCUGUUCUGUUUUAUGCUGCAGCAGAGGAACUCGUUGAGAUGUUAGGCAAACCUAAUAUCUCUGACGUUUUUCCAUUGCUUAAGUGGUUCGAUUUACAGAAAAUUGGAAGAAAUGUAAGCAGGGUUAAUAAAGUGUUCCAAUCGGUGUUUGAUAAUGCUAUUGCUAAGCAGAUGAAAGCGUUGAAUAGUAAAAAUAGUCCCAUAGUCAAGGAAUCCAAAUACAAGGACCUUCUAACGUACCUUGUGGAGCGUCAUCAUGAAAAUAAAGAUAAAGAAACUCAAAUUACCAUACCCGAAAUCAAAGCUGUACUUACGGAUCUUUUCGUGGCAGCUACGGAUACUAUAGCAACAUCGGUAGAAUGGACAAUGACAGAGCUUCUGAGGCAUCCAAAGGUUAUGAAUAAAGUUAAUGAGGAACUGAAACAAAUUGUAGGAUUGAACAACAUCGUAGAAGAGUCUCAUUUACCCAAAUUAACAUACUUGAGUGCUGUGUUUAAGGAGGCAUUGCGUGUACAUCCACCUGGGCCAUUUUUAAUACCUCGUUCUGCAAAAGAAACUACUAUUGUUGGUGAUUAUACUAUACCCAAAGGGAGUGCCAUUUUUCUAAAUGUAUGGGCUGUACAAAGAGAUCCUAGCCUUUGGGAAAAUCCUUUGGAAUUUAUCCCAGAAAGGUUCUUGAUGGGUAAUAAUGUUGAUUAUAACUUGACAGGUAACAAUUCCGAUUAUAUUCCAUUUGGAAUAGGGAGAAGAAUAUGUCCUGGAGUUUCUUUAGGGGAGAAGAUGUCUCUCUAUACAUUGGCUUCUUUCUUGCACCACUUUGAUUGGAAAUUACCUAAUGAUACUGAGCUUGAAAUUUCUGACAGGUUUGGGCUUGUUCUCAAGAAAAAGAUCGCUUUAAUAGCUAUUCCCACGCCCAAAAUUUCUGAUAAUUUAGUUUAAAUAAAUGCUAACGGCAAUAAAAUAAAAUGUACCGUGAUUAAGUAUCACUCUCUCUCUCUCUCUCUCUGUUUGUUUUUUUGCAAUCAUAUAUCAUUAUCUUGUAUCUUACUUAGAAUGUGUACGUGUUCUUAUAUUGUGUAUACUAAAUAAAUAAAA